GUGAUCCCUGCUACAACUACACCGCUCUGGAUCAGCCCUGGAGAUCCACCACUCUAGGUUCAUGGAUUCUCUGUGACAGCAACUUAAACUGGAAUGGCUGGUACCGCCUGCUGUAUUAUGGGAUGAACAUCCGGAUGCCAGAGAGCUGCACUAAUAAUGGCAGAUGUGGCACUUCUAUCACGUUUUGGCUGAAUGGUUCUCACCCUCAGAUAUCAGAUGGAAUUAUCUCUCGUCAGGCCUGUGGGAGUGAGUGGAAUUCUGGUGGUUGCUGUCCAUAUUCUGUGUCAAUUCGAGUUAAAGCGUGUCCAGGAAAUUACUAUGUUUAUGAGUUCAUUGAUCCAAACAUCUGCUAUGCAGCUUAUUGUGCAGAUGUAAGUACCAUCACUCCAGUUAUUGACCCAAUGAAAGUAAACAGCACAACAGCACCAGUUACUGAUGAUCCCUGCUACAACUACACUGCUCUUGAUCAGCCCUGGAGAUCCACUAAUGCUACUAGAUUGGGGGUCUGUGAUAACUACUUCAAUGGGAACAUCUGGUACAGACUGCUGUAUCACGGGAUGAACAUCCGGAUGCCAGAGAGCUGCAUGACUUAUUACAGUUGUGGAACUGAGGUCACCUUUUGGCUGAAUGGUCCUCACCCUCAGAUAUCAGAUGGAAUUAUCACUCGUCAGGCCUGUGGGAGUUGGACAAGUGGCUGCUGUCAAUAUUCUGUGUCAAUACAAGUUAAAGCGUGCCCACAAAAUUACUAUGUUUAUAAGUUUGUCAGUCCAAACGUCUGCUUUGCAGGUUAUUGUGCAGAUGUGAAUUCAAUCACUCCAGGCAAUAACCCAAUGAAAGUGAACAGCACAACAGCACCAGCUACUAGUGAUCCCUGCUUCUCCUACACCACUCUGGACCAGCCCUGGAGAGCCACUAAUGGAUCUCAAAUGUCGAUCUGUGACGACAACUUCAACUGGAACGGCUGGUACCGCCUGCUGUAUAACGGGAUGAACAUCCGGAUGCCAGAAAGCUGCAUUAAUUAUAACAGAUGUGGAACGUUUGCCACAUUUUGGCUGAAUGGUUCUCACCCUCAGAUAUCAGAUGGAAUUAUCACUCGUCAGGCCUGUGGGAGUUGGAUCAAUAACUGCUGUACAUGGUCUGUAUCAAUUCGACUUAAAGCAUGUAAAGGAAAUUACUACGUUUAUGAGUUUGUCAAACCAAACGUCUGCAUUGCAGCUUAUUGUGCAGAUGUAAAUUCCAUCACUCCAGUCACUGACCCACUAAAAGUGGACAGCACAACAGCACCAGCUACUAGUGAACCCUGCUACAACUACACCACUCUUGACCAGCCCUGGAGAGCCACUACUGUAGGUGGAUCGUAUGUCUGUGAUAACUCCUUUAAUGGGAAAGCCUGGUAUCGACUGCUGUAUAAUGGGAUGAACAUCCGGAUGCCAGAGAUCUGCACUAAUUAUUACAGAUGUGGCACUUCUGACACCUUUUGGCUGAAUGGUCCUCACCCUCAGAUAUCAGAUGGAAUCGUCACUCGUCAGGCCUGUGGCAUGAAUGGUGGUUGCUGUGGGUGGUCUGUGGCAAUUCGAGUUAAAGCGUGUCCAGAAAAUUACUACGUUUAUGAGUUUGUCAGUCUAAACUUCUGCAAUGCAGCUUAUUGUGCAGAUAUGGAUUCCAUCACUCCAGUUAUUGACUCAGUGAAAAUGAGCAGUACAACAGCACCAGAUGUGAGCACCAUCCAGCCAAUCUCUACAACAACAGAAGUGCCUCCGAAUAUCACAAUGUCUGAAGGUUGCCAGGCCAACUUUACCUCACAGUGUGGAGCAGAUCUGUUUAACCAGAUUGAGAACAUCACUGCUCAGGUCCUUCCACAAGCGGUAAGAAAUUAA